UGCAGACCUAUAAACCCAGGCUAACUCCUCUCUCCCCACACAUCUGCUCCUGCUCUCCCUCCUCCAGGUCACUGUAGCCAUGAGGACCCUUGCCCUACUCACCGCCACCGUUCUCUUGGUGGCCCUGCAGGCUCUGGGGGAGCCACUUCAGGCAAGAGCUGAUGAAGCUGCAGCCCAGGAGCAGACUGGAGCAGAUGAUCAGGAAGUGGCUCAUGCCUUUACAUGGGAUGAAAGUGCCGCCCUUCCGCUUUCAGGCUCAGGGAGAGGGUUGAGGUGCAUUUGCAGAAGAAGAUUUUGCCGUGCGUUACAACGUCGCUUUGGGACCUGCGCCCUUGGUGCAUUCUACCUGGCCUGCUGCCUCUGAGCUUGCAGAAUCAAGAAAAAUAAGCUCACUAUUUCCUUUGAGAGUAAAAGAAAUUCUUAAUCUUCCUGUACCUUGUCCUCAAUUUCAUUUUCUCAUUCUAAAUAAAUACC